UUCCACCAUUAGAGCACUAAGCCAAAACAAGCUCGAGACCCUCUCCUGUCUCUCUCUCUCCCGUUUUCAAAACUCGACCGUUGGCCUUCGCAAGCAGCCCUCUGCGGAAAACACAGGAGGCAGAAAGAAAAAAUGCCGACGAUGAGCAAGAGAGCGACGACCCAAGAACCCGUUUCGACCCCGAGCUCGCACGCCAGCGAUGACCAAGCCGAGUCCAAGAAGAUCUCCCUCUACGAGCAGUCCAGAGAGGAGCGGAUCAAAGCUAACCUCGAGAGGAUGCAGAAGCUGGGCAUCGUCGACCUCUCUCAGAAGCUCCGGUCGUCCUUGCCUCCCAAGCGGACCCCAAAUCGCAAGUCGUCUGAGAAGUGCGCUCCGGUCCUGCCGCCCGGUCCCGUUCGACGGUCUUCCAGGUUGCAGAGCGUCACGCCGAUAAGCUAUGUGGAAGUUCGGUUGGCCAACAAGGAUAGGUCUUCGGAAUACGAGGGAAUAGUUCUGGAAGAGGGCUCGAAGCCGGAGAUUUACACAGAGGAGCAUGAGAAGCUGUUGGGCAACACUGAGAAAAAUUGGGAACUUUUCGUGGAUGGGUGCGGGAAAGACGGUAAGCGGAUUUAUGAUCCAAUCAGAGGCAAGACUUGCCAUCAAUGUAGGCAGAAAACUCUUGGCUAUCGUACUCAAUGCAGCCAAUGUAACAUGGUGCAGGGACAGUUUUGUGGAGAUUGUUUGUACAUGAGGUAUGGGGAACAUGUGCUGGAAGCCCAGCAAAAUCCGAACUGGCUAUGUCCAGUUUGUCGCGGAAUAUGCAAUUGUAGUUUGUGCCGGCAAGCAAAAGGGUGGGCUCCUACUGGUCCUCUUUAUAAGAAGGUAUCCAAACUGGGGUUUAAGUCCGUAGCACAUUACCUAAUUGAGACCCGCCGAUUGCAAGUGAAGGAGGAAGAAACUUCAGACUCUCUUGUUCAUGCAUCUGCAAAGAGGUCGCUGCCCUUCUCAGAUAUAGAAACAGUGGCGAAUGUAUCUCCCGUGCAUAUCGAUGAUGAUGCCAUUGCAUUGUCAAAGUCUGAGUCUGAUCCUAGAGUGGUACAAGAAAACUCCGCUGGUCACAUUUCUGUGAAAAGGUCUUUGCCCUUUUCUGGCAAGGAAGCACAUGUUCAACGUGUUGAUGAUUUAUGUUCUGCUGAACAUAAGGAAAGUUGUGGACUGUCUAAGCCCAAAUGCGAACAAGGAAUAGAACAUGGUGUCAAAGAUCUCAAUGUGGGAUUGCACCAAAGAAGGGAAGAGCCCGAAACCCGUAGCUAAGAGGAAACACCCCCCAAUCCUUCACCGACAGCAUUGCUGGAAGAUUGAGGCUCAGGUGCAGAAUUAGCAAGGGAAAUCUGGAGGGGCCGAGGGAAGAGGGAAAAGUUUCAGAUGUCAAGAAUCUUCACGAUAUUGUCAUGGAAAAGGAUGAAGUUGAAGAGAAGGAAAUCCACUGCAUAAGGGAAUGACACGCAAAUGCCAAUGUAGGUUCAAGGGCAAACCCGGUAGUAAUCACUGGUUUAAUCAGGUAAAGUGCAUGGAGGUCCGGCAACAUUUUGAACAGCACAUAGGCCGAGAAGAAUGUGGUAUAUAGUAAUUCUCGGUUAGCAUUUCUUGAGGAUUCGAGAUUUAGACCAAAACAUUGUUCCGAAGCAUUUUGGUUCCUGUAUUAGCAUUCCAGCUUGUGACCUGUAAGUUUUCUUUUUCAGGUG